CGUUUCGCCAUUUUGAAAGCGCUGGGAAGAGGCAGGGGCGAGGGAACUCUUAAAGUAGAGUGCAAAGUCUCCAAGCCAAUACUGGGCAUUAUUAAUUACUUUCUUUGGUGGAAAACGGUUCCGUGCUGUAAAGCAGGGCUGAGGACUUUUGUUUACGUGCUUCAGAGUUACAAGUAGCACUCCCAGCUUCAUUCCUGCACCGCUCCUCGCCAGAACCUCCCAGCCUACCGACCCGGGUCAGCACUCUUCCUGUCCAGGGCCCGAGCCCACUUAGAUACCCCUGUCCGAGUCGCUCACCAUGGCAGGGCCCGGUGGUGGGAGCAAUGAUGUGCAGUGGUGUUUCUCCCAAGUCAAAGGAGCAAUAGAUGACGAUGUCGCUGAAGCUGACAUCAUAUCCACUGUUGAAUUUAACCAAUCUGGAGAGCUACUUGCAACUGGGGACAAGGGGGGUCGUGUUGUCAUCUUUCAGCAGGAGCCAGAGAGCAAGAAUAAGCCACAGUGCCGAGGAGAGUACAAUGUUUACAGCACCUUCCAGAGCCACGAGCCUGAGUUUGACUACUUGAAAAGUCUUGAGAUUGAGGAGAAGAUCAACAAGAUUCGAUGGUUGCCUCAGAAGAAUGCAGCACAUUUCCUUUUGUCAACAAAUGACAAAACCAUAAAGCUUUGGAAAAUUAGUGAGCGUGACAAGAGACCAGAGGGCUACAAUUUGAAGGAAGAAGAUGGGCGUUACGUAGAUCCUAACACUGUCACUGCGCUACGAGUACCAGUAUUCAGGCCCAUGGACUUGAUGGUGGAAGCCAGCCCUAGACGAGUGUUUGCCAAUGCUCACACAUACCAUAUCAACUCUAUCUCAGUCAACAGUGAUUGUGAAACCUACCUGUCUGCAGAUGACCUGCGCGUUAACCUCUGGCAUUUGGAGAUCACUGAUCGCAGCUUUAAUAUUGUUGACAUUAAGCCGGCCAAUAUGGAGGAUUUAACAGAGGUAAUCACAGCGGCAGAGUUCCACCCCAACCAGUGCAACACUUUUGUCUACAGCAGUAGCAAGGGCACAAUCCGCAUGUGUGACAUGAGGGCAGCAGCGCUAUGUGACAAGCACGCCAAACUGUUUGAAGAGCCCGAAGAUCCAAACAAUCGUUCCUUUUUUUCUGAAAUCAUCUCAUCCAUCUCUGAUGUAAAGUUCAGCCACAGCGGGCGCUACAUGAUGACCCGGGACUACCUGUCUGUCAAAAUUUGGGAUCUUAACAUGGAGACCCGACCAGUAGAGACGUAUCAGGUGCAUGAAUAUCUCAGGAGCAAGUUGUGUUCACUCUAUGAGAAUGAUUGUAUCUUCGAUAAGUUUGAAUGCUGCUGGAAUGGGAAUGACAGUGUUGUGAUGACGGGUUCCUACAACAACUUCUUCAGGAUGUUUGACCGGGGUUACCAGCAGGACGUGACCCUAGAGGCGUCGCGGGAAAACAGCAAGCCGCGAUCGGUCCUGAAACCUCGCAAAGUGAGCACAGGUGGGAAGCGCAAAAAGGAUGAGAUCAGUGUAGACAGUCUGGACUUUAACAAGAAGAUCCUCCACACUGCCUGGCAUCCUCUGGACAACAUCAUUGCUGUGGCCACAACCAAUAAUCUGUACAUAUUCCAGGAAAAGCUGAACUAGUGUUUGUUGAACCACUGAGAGCCCAGUUUCUGCUUUGAGCCCCACUGCUCUGAUAUACAAAUAUGAACAAUAGCUGUCUGUUUCUGGCUGAAUCCCUCUUGCUGAUCUGCCCUUGGUGUAUGGCAGGAACUGCUGUGUCACUAACAAACAGUGGCAUGAACACAGUACAUCCAACUAGGCCAUCACAAGCUCGUUUUCUAUUUGUAUUGCAAAUAUAAACAUGUAGGGUUUUGUUUGUUUUGUUUUGUUUUAAAUCCAGACUGUGGGAUUUAGUGUCAUGGGUUCUUCUCCAGUCAUCAAGCUACAAUUUGCAACUCCACUACAUCCCAACCCAAAGGGAAAAAUGUGUUACAUACACAUAUUUGGUUAGUUUGUUUGAUUAUUCUUUUGUGCCAUGGUUCAUCUGUAUGUCGUAGCUACUAGUUAAGGUUUUGUACCCACUGUGUUUCACUAGCCUAAUGCUGUCAUGUCAUUCAGUCACCGCUGGCCUGAAACAAUGGCAAUGCAAACUGUCAACACUCCAUAUUUUCGCAGUAUUUUUCAAGUUGCCAAGUUCACUCACCACUUUUUUUUUUUCUUUUUAUGGUUCUCUGAUUAUAGCAUACCACUUAUAUUACUGCAAACAUUUGUCCACAGUGUACAUUAUUUAAUAUUUUAGAAUGUAAACCACUGGUUUGCAUUCAUUUCAUUAUAGUAAGAAAGUCGGGUUACUUGAAAUCGACUACAUAUAUUCCUUCACAGUGAACUUGUUACUGUUGAAUCAAUCAGAGGAAUUGUUUGAACAGUUCAUACUGUAACAAAGGACAGAUGCUAAAAUUAUCUUUCUUACUAGAAGAAAUAACAAAGAACCUGGUUUUUAAAAACCAUCAGUGGUCUCUGCUGCACCAAAACCUGACUAAAUAUUCAGUCUCAAUCUCAAACCACGCUCCAAACAACAAGUUGACUUUCUUGGUGUGUUGAUGUGGAAAAUGGUUUGCAGUAAUAUAACUUCCAGUUAAUGGCCAAAAGCUUAAAAAAAAAAAAAAAAUGCUAGUGUUGUCCUUGUAAUAUGCGCGCACAUCUUUUUUCAGGUAUUGUGGUUUUAGGAGGUAAAUGAUAGCUAACCCUGCCAAAGUAACCAGUCCUAUACGCUCUGAAGCUAGACUCACUUGAAACUGUUUUGCUGAGAUGGUGCCCCCUCAUCUGACCGGUCACCCAUGCACGUGUGUGGGCGACCAUAGCUCAGGACAAACGCUCAUGGGUGCGAUGGCAUUAUGUGGCCUGUGGCACCAAAACUAAGUUCUGCUGCCAGCUUUUCCCAUUGUUUUCUUUGCAGGUUGACCAGUGGCUUUACCCUCUGUAUCUAGUUUCUGUUCAUACACUUUUUUUUUAAUAUAUAUGACAUUUUGUAUUGUACCUGUUUUAAAAAGGAGAAAAAAAAAAAAAGAAUCACUAUAGUUGAAUUAUUUUUGUAUAAAUUAAGGCAAUAGGAUUACAAUCUGAUCACUGUAGUUUCUUUAGCUGUUUGUCUCAGACUGAUUGUAGAUGGAAGGUUCCUUGAUGGUUCGGUAACUUUUUUUUGGUCAUAUUUGUUCAUCCUGGAAGUUUGAAAACUAGAGAUUUUUGUGACAUCAAAGGUGUCAGGUGUCAGUAUCUUUUGAAGUUAAUAAGGAUUAUAACUUUAUUUUUCUUUUUUUUGGGCGGGGGGGGACUGUGCAUGUAGAGCUUAUUUUGAUUUGAGUUCAUUUGGAUCUUAAUGUUCCAGUUAUGUGCCAUAGUUAUUUAGUUUUAAUAUUUUGUUUUUCUGGCUGUGAAAGAAUAGGCUCUUGUGGGUCUUCAUUUGAAUGGCAUUUUAACCAGUGUUUAUUGUUAAAACAGUUAAAUCAACUUCUCUAAAGCUAAUCAAGCCCUACAGCUGGGCAGUUACUGAGUUAGAUUCUCGCUCCUGUGAAGCAUGUGUAUCUUCCCUGUACAGGCUUGUUUAUUUAAAAAGAAGAUAUUGAAGCACUUGGUUUGCUGAUGAUUGCUAUAUGGGUAAUUAAUGACAUAUCAGGUGUUGUUAAUAUUGGCUGCACUGGGAAACUUGGGACUGAGCUGUUAUUAAGUUGUUUGUCCUGUUGUUUUUUUCUUUUGUGGAAAGUUAAAUGUCUGUCAGGACGAAGGUUUAUUCCCUUGAGGAGCAAACCACUUGAUUAUAUCCCAAUUUGUCCGAUUCAUGAUUUAAGCCAUUAAAUCAGGGACUGAAGCCUCUUGGUCGAUUGGAUGAUAUUUGUAUUAGUUAAUGUGUUACUCAUACUUUAGAGAAUGGAUAUCCAAUUGCUAGGAUGCCAACAAAAUAGCCACCCGUGUCAAAACGGUGGGUUUAAUCUACUGUUGUGUGUGUGUGUGUGUGUGUGUGUGUGUGUGUGUGUGUGUGUGUGUGUGUGUGUGUGUGUGUGUGUGUGUGUGUGUGUGUCUCUCAGGGACUCUGGGUAAUGUCUACUAGUACUGAGAUACUUCACUAAUUGUUUUUUUUUCUUUUUUUUCCCCUUUGGCAACUUAUGUCUAAUGCAAAACAGUGUGAGGGUCAUUUGUGUCAUAUGGCUCCAGUCACUUGAACAAACCUCAGUAAUGUGCCCAUUCCACAGUCAAGGAUCGCAUAAACUAACAUGUAAUUACAGUAGCUGUUUAUUCAUAACUGAUUUAAAUCACAAAGAUAUUCAGAAGAACCUUAUUGCCUUUCUUAUAGCAUUAAGAAAUAAGAUAAUCAAGUUAUGGUUCUUAAAGUUUCUGGAGUGUUAGACAGGUGUCUGCUCAGGUGAAUUUAACCGCUGCUCUCGAUCAAAAUGUUGUACCUUCAAGAAAACAGCUUUUCAGGUCUCAGACAAAAACUGCCUUAUUUAAAGGUAGCUCAAAUGUUUUAGGUGUUUUUUUUUUUGUUUGUUUGUUUGUUUUUUUCUUCCUCUUUCUUAGGUUAAUAAAAUCAAACAUCUGUAAUGGCUUUUGAACAAGACCCUGGGAAAACAACUUUCCUUGCAUACUGUCUGGAGUUGAAAAGGUUUUCCCACUUGCAGCAGUAUGUUAUACAUGUCUGAGAUAUCGCAGGAGUUGAAACAAGUUGCACUUUUAUUUUUUUUGUGAAUUUCAUUAAUUUGUAUGUUUUUGUUUCUUUGAAAUUGAUUCCUGAAUAAAGAUUGUAAGAGUCUGGUGAUCUAUGGGGGUGGGGGCGGGGGAGCAUUCAUCUAAGGGUUCAGUGUACAGCUAUGUUUGUC